UAAGGAUUAAUAACUCGAAUAUGGCAUUUUUCGUCGGCUGUUGUGGCCGAAUUUCCUUAAAUAAGUCUUUUAAUGGCUGGCGGAGAGUGAACGUGUGCAGCAGUGAGCGGGUAUGUAAACAUUAUUCGGGAGUGACCCGGAGUGAGCCGCAUGUUAACAUUACUGCUCUGUCAGUAAGUCACUUCUGUAGUGCAGCUUACACCAGCGUUUCUGCUGAUAAACCCCAACAUGAACAACAGGAAUUGGCUGUAGCAGGAAAUCACAAACGUGUUUUGAAGGACGUCUUACCUUUCUCCGAAUUUCUCACGGACACUUUUGGACGUAGACAUAAUUAUCUGCGAAUUUCCCUAACAGAAAAAUGCAACCUCCGCUGUCAGUAUUGUAUGCCAGAAGAAGGAGUGAAGCUAAGUCCGAGAGAGAAGCUCUUAACCACAGAGGAGGUUUUAACUCUGGCUCGAUUAUUUGUGCGUGAAGGUGUGGAGAAGAUCCGCCUUACUGGAGGAGAACCACUCAUCCGUCCUGAUGUCCUUCAUAUUAUCACGGAAAUGAGGAAGUUAGAAGGACUGAAGACGAUCGCUGUGACUACAAAUGGCAUGAACCUUGCCAGACUGCUUCCAGGUUUAAAGAAGGCUGGUGUGGACCUGCUCAAUGUCAGCCUGGACUCAUUAGUGCCAGCCAAGUUUGAGUUCAUCGUUAGACGCAAAGGGUUUCACAAAGUGAUGGAAGGUAUUGACAAGGCUAUUGAAACUGGUUACAAUCCAGUUAAGGUAAACUGUGUGGUGAUGAGAGGUCUGAAUGAAGAUGAGCUGCUGGACUUUGUGGCCCUGACUGAAAAAAAACCUCUGGAUGUGCGGUUUAUAGAGUACAUGCCCUUUGACGGCAAUAAGUGGAACUUUAAGAAGAUGGUGAGUUAUGCAGAGAUGCUGGACCAUAUUAAGCAGCAGUGGCCAAAUCUGGAGCCUCUCCCGGGGAAUGAGACGGACACUGCCAAGGCAUUCAGAGUGCCAGGGUUCCAGGGCCAGCUGGGUUUUAUCACCUCCAUGUCAGAUCAUUUCUGUGGUUCCUGCAACCGUCUGCGCAUCACAGCUGAUGGCAACCUGAAGGUGUGUUUGUUUGGAAACUCGGAGGUGUCUCUGCGAGACUGUCUGCGCUCUAGAGCAUCAGAAGAGGAGCUUCUGCAGAUAAUCGGAGCUGCAGUGGGGAGAAAGAAGAAACAGCAUGCCGGCAUGUUUAGCAUAUCCCAGAUGAAGAACAGGCCCAUGAUCCUCAUUGAUAAAGAAGCCAGCCACCUUGUCCCUGUGUUCAGGGGUGGGCAAAAGGGGCAUCCUUUUUUUACUUCACAUAUGGCACUGGCUGGCGGGACAGUGCCACACACUCAGCAUUACUACUACCAACACCAGAGUGAACAGCCUGGUGAGGACAACGGCACUUUUACUAUGAAGACACCAGCUUCUUCGGACUCAGGCACCUCAAAUAAAAAGGAGAUGCCGCUGAAUGUUUACCAGAUCCUUCAGGAACGAAAGUGGGCUUCUACUGACAUAUUUAGUGACGGAAGUUUUGCUUCCAGUUUUAAAAUGCAGAAAGACGACUUUGCAUGGCUAAGAUACGCACAUGAACCUGGGCACAACUCUGUGAGGGGUACCCAAUUUUCUAAAAAUCUUUUCAGCACUUUAGCAUUAAGUCCUUGCCAGAAAUACAUGCCACAGCAGAGUGUCAGGUUGUUCCAUAACAAUGCUUUCACCCCAAACCAAGAUGGUACCUCUGACCAUCUGACCCAUACUGACAAGCUUGGCAAAGCUUCCAUGGUGAAUGUCGGAGAUAAAGCAGUAACACGUCGUACUGCCACAGCAAGCGCCCGUGUCCUCCUUGGUCCCAAAGCUUUCAAUUUGGUCCGUGCCAACCAGCUGUCAAAGGGCGAUGCCUUGUCAGUGGCACAGCUAGCAGGCAUCAUGGGCGCCAAGCAGACCUUCAAUCUCAUUCCUCUAUGCCACCCUGUAUCGCUUGACCACGCCUCUGUCACUGUGGAACUGCAGGAAGAGGAGCAUGUAGCUGUUAUCUUGGCGAAGUGCCAGGCAACAGGGCGCACCGGAGUAGAGAUGGAGGCUCUGACGGCGGCUACAGUCGCUGCCCUGGUGCUCUACGACAUGUGUAAAGCAGUCAGUCGUGAUAUUGUAAUCACCGACAUCAAACUUUUGAGUAAGACAGGAGGACAGAGAGGUGAUUUUCAGCGCACCAGCUAAUGCUGCAUCCCAGCAAACAGAAGACGUGAAUGCUAAAAUGUAGCUAGGGCUCUCAGUUUUUUGUGACAUAAAAAAUUACUAGUAAAUAAUAGUUAUUGCAGUGUUUCCUUCUUCGAAGGCCAAAAUGCAUUGAUGUCAAUGGCUGCAGUCCAGUAUUUAUCUGGCGCAUAUGCCGUGUAGGGCACAGUUUCUGCUUAUUGUAUAUAAAGCUAAAGUGCAGGUUGAAUUUGGUAGAAUACAGGUGUCAGGAAAAAAACACUAUCAGCUAUUCGGGUUCACCUUUACGCUACUUAUAAACAAUCAUUCAAUCCUGUGAUACUGCGGUAACUUUCUGUGCCAGAACCAUGAAUCCAAAAUAUCACACAUGACCAUGAACACAGUGUUAGGAUUUACAGCUCAAGUUUACAUACACUUGUAGGGGAAAUGGAUGCCAUCACAGCCUUGGGAUUUAAAUUCUGCAAUUGGUGCCCCCCACUCCCACCCCCCAUGUAAAUAAAGAAUUAGAACAUACACUUCUUGGUUCAAAAACCUUUGUUCUAAAUAAUAAAUAUAAAAAAAGUAUUUAUUAUUCAUAAAUUUACAUAAAUUAGAAUCCAGUAUAAUUCAUUUAUUAGAGAUUGUGGUGUAGAAUCCACCCUCGUGGCAUGGGUUAAUGAGUUUGAUUAAUUACUAACCAGAGCUAGUUUGACUGCAUCUUUUCACUAAGUCACAAGCUUGGCAAAGGGAAAGUCUAGUAAGCACUGUGUAGAUGCUGAGAAUUAACACAACAUUUAGUUUUCUGAGAUCUAAGCAGGUUUACCACCCAGUAUAAUAUGUACAAACAACUGCCAUUAAGUACAAAAUACAUGGAACAGUGGUUUUCUUGCCAAGGCUGGUUCACUUUUUGCAGUUAAAGACAAAAAAAAACAGCUACUGGUUCUCAGUUGGCACAGUGAUAAAACACGCUAGCACACCAGAGCUGGGAUUUCAAAUACAUCGUAUUGAAUCUCAGUUCUGCCAUCCGGCUGGGCAGCUACGUGAACAACGUUUGGCUGUUGUACAUCCAAGUAGGGAGCCAGAUGGGGACCUCAUAACUGAUGAAUUUACGACCUCUGCUGGUUGAUUGAUGCCGCCUGCACAGAGGCAAGGAAUAAUGGAAUCAGUGUGUGACUCUCCAUGUGCCAAGCUGAUCCACAUAUGAACUCGCUGCAUGCAGGUGAAAAGAUGUAGUCAGCUACUGCACGCGUGUCGGAGGGAGCAUGUGUUAGUCAUGGUUCUUUUCAGUCAGGAAUGGAGGUCAGCAUCAGUAGAGAGAAAGUGUAAUGCAAUUGGGUAAUUGGAUAUGACUAGAUUGGGAGAAAAAUGGGGGGGGGGAUGCAAAAAAACAAACAAACAAAAAACCCACCUACUGUGAAGCAAAGCAUGGUGGAAGUGGUAGGUAUAUGAUCUGGGUUGUAGAUUUAGCUUUUCAUGCCCUGACCUCACUCCUGUAGAGUAUAUGUGGACUGUACUGAAGAGACUGGGGUAGUUGCAAGACUGCCAUCACUCAUGUCCCUUACAUGUGAAUGUAAACUUUUAGCUGUAUGAAGCCAGGCUGAAGAGUUUUCUGUGCCAAAGCAGUUACUGAUCUACAUUGUGCCUUGAAAAGUAGACACCUUUUUAUUCAGGCAUGUUUGUUGCUUGUUUCAUUUGUAAACACUAUUUUGACUAGUCAAAUGUAACCUUAAAAUCAGAAUAUUAAUAUGAAAUACUAUUUUGAUAGUUGAGAAUUGAUGGGUAUUAAUAAUUUUAUGCAAUUAGAAUCUAUUUUUCAUUUUGUAUCAGGAUAUAUUUUGCAUGAAUACAGGGUGAACAGAAGACCUACAGUAAUUAUCAUGAAUGUAAUGAUUGUAUUUGAUUUCUGAGACAUCAUGAAUUGUACUUAGGUUAUUAAUAAAAAAAACAAUCAUUUCUUUAUUCAAAUCUGUAAACUAUACAGUGCAGUGUGAAAGCAAUUCAGAUGCCACAGCUUUUUGUUGUUUGGCUCUUUACACUGUUUAAGUGCAGUGGAUGUGAAAUUAGGUCAUGAAUAAUAUAUAUUAAUAAAUAGUACAAUAUAAUGUUGUAUUUCAUUGUAUGUGUUGUAUUAAAAAAAACUGAACAUUAAACCAUGGAAAUCUUCAUAAAA